AUGCUAACAAGUAGGAGCAAUAUUCAGUGUUCAGCAGUCAACUCCAAAGGCCCUUUCCCUCUAGGCCCAUUCCCAAGACACAUCUGGAUCCACCACAACACUCCCCAGGACAGCUUAGAUAAAGCUUGCCAUGAAAUCUGGAAGAGAGUCCAAGGCCUCCCUGAGGAACUACAGCCCAAAUCUUCAUCACCUCUUCUGCAGGUUAGCUGUCACCCUAUCACCUCUUCAGACGCUCUACAAGAAGACAGCAGUAGUGUCACAACAGUUCUCAAAAGGAGUGGACAUUUGCAAGAUGAAAUAUCUCAGCUGGUUGAGCAAGAAUAUUUGAGUCUUACCCAAGAAAAUGCAACAGAGAUAGAAAUGCAAAGAUCUGAAGAUGAGAAAGUGCCUCCUGUUGCUUCAGUAAAGGCUCCAAAUAGCAAACAGCUACUCAUGCUUUCUGAUGGGGACCAGGCUUCCGAUGAGAAGGAUACAAUGGAAAAUGUCUAUAGGGCACUCACUGGAAAUAAAAGAGAUAUGAAGUUGAAGUCUAUUUGUGAUGUCCAGUUGUCCACCAAGUCUACUGUCACAGGCAUUUUACUCCCUGCAAAAUUAAUCCAUAAGAGUAAUAAAAGCACAGAAAGUGGAAACAAUACAAUGGCUUCCAACACUCAAAUUGCCAAGCUCUUGGCUCCUCCACUCAAACGUGUUGAGGCUACCAAAACUCUGGACAGUAAAUUGGUGACUGAAGAAACCAAGCUCAUCAAGGAUCUAUCAAACAAUGUUUUUGGAUCUGUGCCCCACAAAGACAGUAUCACAAGGCCACCCCCAAUUAUGACAAUAACAGAAAGUCAAGGAUCAGGUCAAAAGAAGCAACUCCCAGUGUUUGCCAAGAUCUGCUCAAAAACUGAACCUGAAUUUGUUGCUGAUGGACUCUGUCAAAAUCAUUCAACUUCAACAGUUAUCGAUAAGAACAACCUUAAAUACAGCGGAAAUGUGUUUACCCCACGAUUUCCAACAACUUCAACUACUACCUCAUUAAAGCAACCAAUGUGGCUGAGUUUGAAUUACCCUCCACCUCCUGUUUUUCCCAACCACUCAAGUUUCCCCUCAGUAUCAGUUGGAAAACUGAUUUCAGAUUUGCUCUUUGAGGUGGACUGCUACCUCUCUAGUUUGUAUCAGCAAAGGGCACGGAUCCCGUACCAGCAAACUUUACAUCCUCAACUGGGGUGCUAUUCCAGACAGGUAACUCCUUACAACCCACAGCAAAUCUUCCGCUCACCUUACACACCUGUCCUCAGCUACAUCCCUUUGGUUCAACCUGGUUAUUCUUAUCAGCAAAGGAAUCCAACCAAAGCUUCUAAUAGUGUUCGUGAUCCUCCAGCAAUGGCAGGGGAUGGGCCUCAGUAUCCAUUUUCUGCUUCUUAUGGGUUCACAUCUACUACAGCUGCUCCUGUAAACAAUCCUUAUUUCUCUUCUAAUGGAGGUGGUGGCAACAGUUAUUAGAACAUUUUGUUUUAUUAGUUUUGUUAUUUUCUUGGAAAUAUGGACACUUUAGAAAUAUUUUAAAAAUUCUUAUAAUUAGACAUUUUGCUCCAAAGUUAAGGAAUUCAGAUCCAAAUCACAUGUGUAAUUUUAAGGCUAAAAGAUAGGCACCCAUCCAAAAGAGCAACAUUUAUUUAGCAAGAAUGGAUAAACAUUUCAGCACUUUUUAAAAGAAGUAUUAUUUUUUUUAAA